AUGGUGUCAAGCAAGACGAGCUUGUCACUGCAUGUGGCAACGAUCGAGCAGCUACCACGAGGGACGGCACUGAAUGCUGCAAGAACGCCGAUCACCAAAGACGCUGCUCGAGCUGCUCCAUUUCCCAACGAGCCCGCAGACGGCAACUCUACUAACACCAAUGAAGACGCCCCCUCUGUGUCGGGAUGCACAGCCUCCACUAACAACGAAGCUGCGCGUAGAGUAUCCAACGGUACCGAUUUGGCAAGAAAGGCAGCCCAACGUGUCAGUGUUUGGAAGAAAUCGGAGCAGGAGCGGCGAGGUGAGGAAGAGCGUGCUCGACAAGCCAAACAAGAGCAAGAAAAGCGCCGACUGAACCACGCUGCGCAUGCCAAACAACGUCGACGUGCGGAAAUCUACGCGUUGAACGCGCUCUUGCGACAACUGCAACAGGAGAAGAUCGCGCGAUUCAUUGCUGCCCAGAUGCAGGUUCAAGAAGCUCAAAAGGACCCAAGUCUGGCUAGUAUGACCGCUACUCUUGUCCAGGUGGAAGCCGUAGGAGUGUAA